ACCAUAUUUCAAAAUGUUUAGCUGGUUAAGAGGCGAUGAAAGCCGGAGACGAGAACCGGAAAUGUAUAAUACAGUGGUCGACGGACUUCGUAAAAUUUAUAAAAGUAAGAUUUUGCCAUUAGAAGAACAUUAUCUUUUUCACGAAUUCCACUCACCGCCGCUAGAUGAUCCGGAUUUUGAUGCGAAACCGAUGAUCCUUCUCGUUGGACAGUACUCUACUGGGAAGACGACAUUUAUUAGGUACUUAUUAGAAAAAGACUUUCCUGGUAUACGAAUAGGACCAGAACCUACGACGGAUCGAUUCAUUGCGGUGAUGUACGGACAGCAAGAGACUGUAAUUCCAGGAAAUGCAUUGGUUGUCGAUCCUAAAAAGCAAUUCAGGCCUCUUUCGAAGUUUGGAAAUGCUUUUCUCAACAGGUUGCAGUGUUCUCUGGUGAACUGCGAUGUGCUGCAGACGAUCACGAUCGUCGACACGCCCGGGAUUUUGUCCGGCGAAAAACAGCGUGUGGACAGGGGGUACGAUUUCGCGGGUGUUUUGGAAUGGUUUGCCGAGAGGGUGGACAGGAUCAUUCUGUUGUUCGAUGCUCACAAACUGGAUAUUUCUGACGAAUUCCGGCGCAGUAUCGAAGCCCUCCGCGGUCACGACGAUAAAAUUCGAAUCGUGCUCAACAAAGCCGAUAUGAUCGACCAUCAGCAGUUGAUGAGGGUGUACGGGGCUCUGAUGUGGUCUCUGGGCAAGGUGCUCAACACCCCUGAAGUGGCUCGAGUGUACUUGGGUUCUUUCUGGGACCAACCUCUUCGCUAUGAUUAUAAUAGAAAACUUUUCGAAGCAGAAGAGCAAGACUUAUUUCAGGACUUGCAAAGUUUGCCCAGAAAUGCAGCCCUGAGGAAGUUGAAUGAUUUGAUUAAAAGAGCCCGUCUUGCCAAGGUGCAUGCGUACAUCAUCAGCUCACUGCGCAACAACAUGCCGUCGAUGUUCGGCAAGGACAGCAAGAAGAAAGACCUCAUCAAGAACCUGCGCGGGAUCUACGAGGAGAUCCAGAGGGAGCAUCACCUGCCUCCUGGCGACUUCCCGGACCUGAGGGAGAUGCAGGAGAAGCUGCAGACGACCGACUUCGCCCGCUUCCAGCCCCUCAAGCCCAGGCUCCUGGAGCAGGUGGACAGGAUGCUGUCGGAGGACAUCGCGCGACUGAUGGCCCAGAUACCGCAAGAGCAGCACCAGCAGAGCAAGGAAGAGUCGGAUGUCCGAGGGGGCGCGUUCGAUGGGGUGCAGCAGAGCCCCUUCACCUACGGGCGGGGCGAGGGCGCGGACGCGGGCUCCAUGGACACCGAAUGGAUCGUCGGGCGGGAGCGGUACAAGUUCGAUGACGUGUUCCAGAGCUUGAAUCCGGUGGAUGGCAAGAUCACGGGCGCGAGUGCCAAGGCCGAGAUGGUCAAGUCCAAGUUGCCCAACACGGUGCUGGGGAAGGUGUGGAAGCUCUCGGACUUGGACAAGGAUGGCAUGCUGGACUCGGACGAGUUCGCCCUGGCCAUGCACCUCAUCAACAUCAAGCUGCAGGGCCACGACCUGCCCGUGGAACUGCCCGACCACCUAGUGCCGCCCUCUAAGAAGAUGUUCGUGCGUUAGGCUCUGACACGGAUUCGACUGCGACCUGUUCUCUUCCUCCGUAGAUAAGUAUUCUGGAUUCCGUCGCUCUUUUUUUUUUUUUUUUUCUU